AUGAUUGAACUUUCAGCGAAAUUAACUACUGGUACAGUGUAUUUGGCUGGCGAAGCCCUAGAAUGUUGUAUAUCCUUUUGCUACACUACACAGCCAGAACACAGGAAUUCACAAAGCCAUUGUGAUGCUCUGGAAAACUUAGCAUGGGCUUCUGCACAAAUCCAUUGUUUUCAUUCAACAUCAAAGAACACGGGUGACAAAACACCCACAAUUGGCAAAACAACUUCCCUAGAAGUCACUUCAAGUGAUAUUGGAGAUGUUAUAUUCUACACAAAACCCAAAAUAUUGUUCUGCGAUUUGACUAUACCUCUAGGAGAGACUAAAACUUUUUGGUACAGAGAAUCCCUACCUAUUGAAGCACCACCCUCUUAUAGAGGAACUUCAGUAAAGUAUUCCUAUAAGAUUACCAUAGCUACACAAAAAGUUGGGUCACACAUUAAAAUGGUAAGGAUACCAUUCAGAGUGCUUCCUAUCAGUCCUAUAAUGAACAUGCAAGAUCUAGCUGUAUUGUGUGGCAAUGAAACAACUGAGGAAUUACAGCCAACAAACCCAUUCUCAGAGGAGAGAAAGGUUGAAACUCCAUUAACUAUGGCAUUGCAAGUAUUACAGAACCUCACGGCUAGGAGAAGUCCAAACUCAUAUAUGAUAACAAAUACGAGAGGGAAAGUUGGUAGAUUUUGUUUGUUUAAAUCUGCUUACAAACUCGGAGAAGACAUUGUGGGUACAUUUGAUUUCUCAGUUGGGACUGUUACAUGUAUGCAGGUAUCAGUAUCAUUACAACCAGAAGAAGUGGUAAAGUCGAAGACUCCAUCUAAGUACAACAAUAAAGACACAAGCAGUAGAUCCAUGACAGUGGCCAGAUAUCAUGAAGUCACUUUGGGACUGACACAAUCACAACUAAUACUGCCCAUACCUUUGCAUAUUACACCUGCAUUUGAUGUUGAUGACGUAUCUUUAAGUUGGCGCCUUCACUUUGAAUUUGUGACGACAAAUGAAAAAUUAUUACCAAACCCAGAAGAUAAGGAUUGGAAUGCCCCACUAAAUGUUCCUAUAGAGACUAUGGUAUGGAAUUUACCUGUGAAAAUAUAUUCCACACUCCCCAAGGAAAUCACACAGCAUUCUGUCGGCAAUGACGCUUAUACCUUAAUUAUAAAGUAA